AUGGGUAAAUCAUCGACGAGCCUGGAGAAGGUGGAGAUGAAGAAAGGGCCAUGGACUCGAGAAGAAGACCAAAAGUUGUUAGCUUACAUUGAACAACAUGGCCAUGGAAGGUGGCGUGAUCUCCCGACUAAAGCGGGGCUUCAACGAUGUGGAAAAAGCUGCAGAUUACGGUGGACAAAUUAUUUGCGACCUGAUAUUAAGAGAGGAAAAUUCAGCUUGCAAGAAGAAAAGACUAUUAUUCAACUCCAUGCUCUUUUGGGCAACAGAUGGUCAGCAAUAGCAGCUCACUUACCAAAAAGGACUGAUAAUGAGAUCAAGAACUACUGGAAUACACGUCUUAAGAAGAGAUUAAGCAGAUUGGGAAUUGAUCCAGUCACUCAUAAGCCCAAGAACCACUCCAGCGGCCCUCAAUCGAAGAACGCCGCCAAUCUCAGCCACAUGGCACAAUGGGAAAGUGCUCGACUCGAAGCUGAAGCCAGAUUCCUCCGCCAGUCCAAGCUUGUAUCCAACCCGUACUUCUCUCAUCACCACCAGUACGCCACCGUUCUACCACCACUAGCACCACAGCCGCCACAUCCAUGUUUAGAUAUACUAAACGUCUGGCAGGGAACAUGUAAAUCCUUUUUCACCCCAAGUGGAACCCUUGAGUCUCCGACAUCUACCUUAAACUUCUCAAGCAGUAUGCUCCCCGUCGAGAAACCACACCAAUCCAUCCCAAACGUUUUCGUCCCUUCCACAAACACAAUUUCUGUCGGAAAUUCGGGUGCGUUAUGUGGAUCCCAAAAACCCCACAACUCUCUUAUGACAAAUGACAUUUUGGAAAAUCCCAUGCAGCUUGUGGAUCAUUACAACCAUAAUGUUCUCUCUCUAGAAGAUCUGCCUAUUUCUGUUGAUCACUACAACCUUGUUGCAGCUCCAGAAGGUUUCGAGGAGGUUAAGGAUUAUUGGAACGACAUACUAAAUUCAGUAAAUUCGCCUGUGUUUUAA